CAACCGAAAAAAGCAUCCGGGCCUUAUCGCUUGAUCCCCUACGGCAGAAACAGCACCUUCACUGGCCGUAGAGAGCUGCUAGAGUUGGUAAAGAGGGUUUCCGAAUCCAAUGCUCACAACCGAAUCGCACUCCAUGGAUUGGGCGGUUCCGGGUAUGUGUAUCUAUCAUCUCACAACAUGGAGGAUAUGCUAACCUGCCUCAGAAAAACCGAGAUUGCGCUCGAAUACGUUUACCAACGUGCCAGCGAGAGUGAUUGCCAUAUUUUCUGGGUGCAGGGAAGCGGGCUAUUAAAAUUCACUGAGGGCCUUAGGGACGUUGCACAACAUGUUCGAAUCCCCCCACCCGGCACGGAGACAGAUGGCGAGGGAUUCCUUCUGAGUAUAAGGAGGUGGCUCGAAGGCCCAAACAGUGGCAGCUGGAUUCUGGUGGUUGACAACGCCGACAACGAUGCCGACUUCGCCGGAAACAGCAGCCCCAUAGCCAAAUUUAUACCGCAAGGCACGAAAGGGACCGUGAUAUUGACCACCAGGUCUAGACGGGUUGCAUCCCGGCAGGGCUGUAAAAUGAUUGAAGUUGGAAGGAUGGAGGAAGAAGAUGCACAGGAGCUGUUCUCAAAACGCAUCGGCAGCAUGGACAGCCCGGAAAGUAAAGAAAAAAAGGCUAUCACAAUGAUCCUGGCCUCGGUGGAUCACCUGCCGCUGGCCAUCAUAGGCGCGGCAGCCUUCAUGAUCGAGACCAACACACCACCAUCCGCGUACUCGACUAUCUUCCAAGAGAACGAUGAACGAGCCAAGGAACUACUUUCACAACAUUUCUGCGAUAUCCGACGCGAGAUUGAUGUCACCGAGAGUAUCAUAGGUACCUAUUUUGCCACAUUUGAUCGAAUCACCCAACAGAUGCCAGCAGCUGCCAACCUUCUUCGGCUAAUGGCGCUCUUUGAUCGCCAAAACAUUCCUGAGGAGCUGUUGAGCCAAAGCGGUCUAGAAGGGAUGGAUGAUCCGGUUGAAUUUCGCCGAGCCAUUGGAAAACUAUUGGGAUUCUCUUUGGUCACGGUCGUCAAAUGUGAAGAGAAACCAUUUUACGAGCUUCAUCGUUUGGUCCACCUAUCUCUACAAGUGUACUUAUCAACAGAAGAUCUAAAUCGAGAGAGGGCCAUUGCAGUAAGCACCGUUUCACGGUUCCUUAAGCGACACGAGAACGAGCGGCAAGGUGUUUAUCCUGUCUACGUUCCACACGCAGUUGCAGUAACAAAAGAUUCGACGGGUCCCAUCGCCGAGGAACUUGGUUUUCGCGUCGGGCAGUACCUUCUAGAUACAGGCUCCUACAAUGGUGCAGAAGUACAAUUUCGUCGAUGUAUUGCGCUUCGAGAGGAGGGUGGGGAGUAUGACUGGGGUGAUGAAUGCCAAAGCAGAUUUCGGCUCCUAGGAGUGGCGUAUACCCUUCAAGGAAAGGCCAAUGAGGCUGGGAAGAUAUUUCGGGAAUUACUGGAGGGUAUUGAGAAGUCGUUGGGUCCAUACAAUUCUGACGUCCUGCAGUGCAUCCUCUGCCUGGCUUUAGCGCUACGACGGCAGGGAAAGUACGAUGAAUCAGAAAAGCUGAAUCGACGUGCAGUAGAGGGGUAUGAGAAAGUUCUUGGACCGGAGCACCCCGACACCCUAACAGGCGCCGACAAUCUAGCUCUGCUGCUACAAGACCAAGGAAAAUAUAACGAAUCAGAAAAGAUGAAUCGGCAAGUACUCGAGCGGCGCGAGAAGAUCCUUGGACUAGACCAUCCCCACACCCUAACAAGUGCCAACAACCUGGCUCUGGCUCUGCGAGGCCAAGGAAGGUACGGUGAAUCGGAGGAGAUGAAUCGGCGUGCGCUGGAAGGAUAUGAGAAGGUCUUUAGACCGGACCACCCCGACGUCCUAACGUGUACGGAAAAUCUGGCUCUCGUGCUGCGCCACCAAGGAAAAUACGACGAAUCGGAGGCGAUGGCCCAGCGUGCGCUGGAGCAGUGCGAGAAAGUUCUUGGGCUAGAGCACCCCGACACUCUAAGAAGCGUCAGCAACCUAGCUUCCAUCCUGCAUUUCCGAAAUAAGCACAACGAAUCAGAGGUGAUGAACCGGCGUGCAAUGGAGGGGUGUGAGAAGAUUCUUGGACCGGACCACCCAGACACCCUAACCAGUGCCGGCAGCUUGGCUCUUGUGCUGCAAAACCAGGGAAAGUACUAUGAGUCAGAGAUGAUGAAUCGGCGCGUACUGCAGGGGUAUGAGAAGGUUCUUGGGUCAUACCAUCCCUCUACACUAUCAAGUUUCAACAACCUGGGUGUGCUGCUGCAAUUCCAAAGAAAGUACGCGGAAUCUGAAACGGUGAACCGUCGUGCACUGGAGGGGUAUAAGAAGGUUCUUGGACCAGAUCACCCCAACACUCUGACAAGC